AUCGAAAGAAUCUUUCGAAGUAAUGGCCAGCACUAAAUCAGUGGAAAAUGCUGUCCAAACUAGGCCUGUAGAGAUAUCACAGCAAUUACAGGAUGGAGAAAAAUUUGUUAAAUGGGAUGAGGAUUCAGGAGUGGCAACACCAGUUACUUUAAAAGUUGACAAACAUGGUUUUUACCUCCAUUGGAUAGAUCAGCAUAAUGAAAUGGAUAUGAUCGAUAUAGCUAUGAUUCGUGACACACGUACUGGGUUAUUUGCAAAAAUACCUAAGGAUCCAAAAUUAAAAGCUCUUGUAACAAUGGGUUCACAAGAUUCUUUAGAAGAUAAGACUGUAACAAUUUGUCAUGGUUCAGACUUUGUAAACAUGACUUUCAUUAAUUUCUGUACAACACGUGCAGAAAUCGCUCGACACUGGACUGAUCAAAUUCUUCAUUUAGCUUAUAAUCUUACUCAGCUUAAUAUUAGCACAAUCAUGUUCUUACAAAAGGCUUACACAAAACUUACCUUAUCUGUUGACAAAUUUGGAAAUAUACCAGUUAAAAAUAUAAUAAAAAUGUUUACACAAAACAAAGAAGAUCGAAAACGUGUUGAAAAGGCAUUGGAUAUUUCAGGCUAUGCCUCUGGAAAGAAUGAUUCGAUCCCUUUGCAAAAAUUUCAAUUUGAAGAAUUCUUUAAUUUUUAUAAGUCUCUAACUCAGCGCUCAGAUGUUGAAAAGGUUUUUGAAGAAAUAGUUGAGAAUCCUAAACGAAAAUUAAUGUCUGUACCUCAACUUGUUGAAUUCUUGAAUCAAACUCAACGUGAUCCACGUCUAAAUGAAAUAUUAUAUCCUUAUGCUAAUUCUGUAAGAGCAAUGGAAAUUAUUAAUCAAUAUGAACCAAAUAAACACAAUGCACAAAAGAGUCAGUUAAGUUUUGAUGGUUUUCUUCGUUACCUGAUGAGUGAAGAUAAUCCUAUUGUAGCUGUAUCAAAGUUUGAAUUAUCUGAUGAUAUGGAUCAAUCACUCGCUCACUAUUUUAUUAAUUCUAGUCAUAACACGUAUCUUACAGGACAUCAACUAACUGGUAAGAGUUCUGUAGAAAUAUAUCGUCAAUGUUUGCUUGCUGGUUGUCGAUGUGUUGAGCUUGAUUUUUGGAACGGCAAGUUUGAUGAACCGAUCAUUGUUCAUGGGUAUACGUUUGUACCUGAAAUUUCGGCUAGGGAUGUUAUUGAAGCGAUAGCAGAGAGUGCCUUUAAAACAUCAGAGUAUCCUGUAAUACUAAGCUUUGAAAAUCAUUGUAAUCCAAGACAACAAGCAAAAAUUGCUCAAUACUGUAGAGAGUUCUUUGGAGAAAUGCUUCUUGAUGCACCACUUGAAUCUCAUAAAUUAGAACCUGGUCAACAAUUACCACCACCUUCAUUAUUAAAAAGAAAAAUAAUAAUAAAAAAUAAGAAAAAGCAUAAUCAUCAUCAUCAUCAUAAAAAGCAUCAUAAAAAACAGCAAAUUCAAACUGAAGGUAUAGAAGAAGGCAUUGAAACUUGUGAAGAGCAUGAUAGUGAGAAUCAGUCAGCUAAAGGAGAAAAUGGUCCUCCACCCGAUAUCAUACCACUAAGUGAAGUAGUAGAUGGUAUGGUAGUUGGGAAUGGAAAUGGUGAACAUCAAAUAGCUAAUGGAGAACUUCGUCCACCUAUGCUACAACAUCGACAGGGUAGCAAAGAUAGUACUCAAGAUGAUGAUGAUGAUGAAGAUGAAUCAAGCACUGAAGAUGAUGAAUCCAAUACUGAAGAUAUUAAAUUGCGACUUGAUGAUAAAGUGGCAGUUUCAGAUAAAGCAGCUGCUACUAAGGAAACAGAAGCUGGAGCCGAAAUUUCUGCAUUAGUUAAUUAUGUUCAACCAGUUCAUUUCAGUAGUUUUGAAUCUUCAGAAAAAAAAAAUCGUAUGUAUGAGAUGUCAUCAUUUGAUGAAAAACAAGCUACAACAUUAUUAAAAGAACGACCACUCGAAUUCGUCAAUUAUAAUAAGCAUCAAUUAUCUCGUGUUUACCCAUCUGGUACACGCUUUGAUUCAAGUAAUUUCAUGCCUCAAGUUUUUUGGAAUGCCGGUUGUCAACUUGUAGCUUUGAAUUAUCAAACCUUAGAUCUUGCUAUGCAAUUAAAUUUGGGAAUAUUUGAGUAUAAUAAACGUUGCGGUUACUUAUUAAAACCUGAAUUCAUGCGUAGAAAAGAUCGCCGAUUAGAUCCUUUUGCUGAAUCAACAGUUGAUGGUAUUAUUGCUGGAAUGGUUCACAUUCAUGUAAUAUCAGCCCAGUUCUUAACGGAUAGAAGAGUAGGAACUUAUGUAGAAGUUGAUAUGUAUGGUCUUCCAGCUGAUACCGUUAGAAAGAAAUUUAAAACCAAAAUAGUCCCUAAUAAUGGUAUAAAUCCAGUAUACGACGAAGAUCCUUUUGUUUUCAAAAAGGUAGUCUUACCAGAAUUAGCCUCUAUUCGAAUAGCAGCUUACGAAGAAUCUGGAAAGAUGAUUGGUCACCGCGUUCUACCAGUUGUUGGUUUAUGUCCAGGUUAUAGACAUGUGGCUCUGAGAACCGAAUGUGGGCAGCCUCUUCCAUUAGCCAGUUUAUUUUUACAUGUUAUCGUUAAAGACUAUGUACCAGAUAAGUUAAGUGACUUGGCAGAAGCACUGGCCAAUCCAAUUAAAUACCAAAGUGAACAAGAAAAAAGAGAAGUGCAACUAUCAGUGCUUACAGAUGAUAUGGAGGAACCAUCUAAAGGUCACAUUGAGAUUAAAGACAAAAUUAAGGAAAAAGGUAGCAGUGGAUCAAGUUUCUCUAAACCAGUUGAAGAGAUAGGUAAGUCAAAGAGAAUACAAUCCAUAGGAGAAUUACCUGGUUUAAUGCCAAGCAUAGGAAGUCCACAUGGAAGACCAUCAAUAGGACCCAUGACUCUAUCUGAUUCUCAAAAGUUUGAAGAUGGUUCGUCACUUAUGGUAAAUGUAGUUGAUGCUUCCUCAAAUAAAAGCCCUCUCAAUGCUAUAUCUGAAGAUAUCGUUGCCGAAACUUUAGACAAAUUAAUGGAAAAUAAGUUGGUCAAAGAAAAGAAGAUAGAACUAGAAAAGAAAUUGGAUUCAUUAAAAAAGAAACAAGAGAAAGAAAAAGUACGGAUACAAACAGCAAGAGGUUCUUUGGAUGGAGAGAAACAAAAAUCAAAAUUCUAUAUGAGUAACAAAUUAAUGCAAUGUCUCUCCAGUAAAAAUAUCUUUUCCAGCGAAGUAGGGUUGAGCACUCUGGCUCUUCCUGAGACAACAGAAUCAGUUGAGGUAGAUAAUCACGAAGGUAACGACGCACCGUCGAAAACACUUCCAAGAAGUCAAAGCGAGCGUAUGCUUGCUGUUUGUAAGGAGCACUUAUUACAGGAACGUGAAAUACAAGAGAAGUACCAUGAAAGUAUGUUCACAACCAUGGAGAAGGUGAUGAAAUCGUCGCAGUCCAGUCAGUUGAAAACACUUCAGAUAUUAUACGAACGUGAAACUGCUGAUGUUAAGAGAAAACUGCAAGUUAAUAGACAUGAAGAGGUAAAACAAUUGGCAAAAACUCACAAAGAUAAGGCUGAAUUUGAUCGUUUGAAGAGAGAAGUUGCAAAAUCUACAGUUGAGAAAGGAGUGAAUGAAUGUACGAGACUAACCAAAAUAUAUGAAAAAAAAAAAGUGGAAUUAGAAAAACAACAAGAAGAAGUUCGUCAAAAAUUUGAAGAAGAAAAAGCAAAGAUUCGAACAGCUCUUCAAAUGGAAUAUAAUCGACGUUUUAGCAAACUUGAUAAAGAUGAAUUGGAAUUAUCUCCAACUAGUGUCAGUCAGAGUGUUUCUGAAGCUGUUAGUGAAAAGACUUACUAGCAGACGGCUGGACAUUGUAGUUGGUUAAGAUGUUUUCAGCGCAAUACACAUCAAAAAAGAAAAUAGCUUGAAAGUGGACAUCAUAAAACACUAUUAUGCAAUGCAAAUUUCUUUGUAAUGUAAGUAAUAUCACAAAGAAAGCGUUGCAGCAAAGAAGUAAAAGUAAAUGUAAAAUGUGCAUUUUUAGUGAAUGCAACAUUCCGGUCCUUUAUUGAAAUCAUUUUUUAAGUAAGCAAAGUUAUAAAAAUAUCAUACAGUAAUCCAAUGGAAAAAUAAAAUGUGUUCGUCUUUGUGUUUUCAUCCAUAUGGAUUGUAGAAAUAUAGAAUCGAAAGUAAUAUGAGUAUAUGUAUACUACUUUGUAAAAUUAUGAAUUGGUAGUCACAGUAUUAAAUAAUAAGAAAUCGUAACGUAUAUACAGACAGGAAAUGUAAGUUUAUUCCUUUAAAUACGAAGGAAAAUACGUACAAGUAAAGUGUAGGCUUAAAUGAGAGAGAGAGA